CAAAACAUACAUACGAACACAAACAGAUCAUCACACAGCUCUCACCCAUUUGUAUCCUUUCAAUUUCUAUCAUCACCAUUUGUCACUCUCAUUCUUUAACACUCUCUUUCGGACCCAUUCAAUAACUAAGUCCUUUCUCUGAUUCCCUUUUUUUCACUCAAAAUAAAAAUGGAACGUUCCAUCUUUAAGCCACCAUGAUCCAUCACCACUAAUAGCAGCAACCAAGCUAAGCUCACUGUAUCAUCCUUUACAGCACCAAAGCUGUGUGUGUUGAGAAUUCUGGUGGGUUGCACUUGGAGUGGAGACAAUGUUUCCAAUGAGGGUAUGGGUAGCUGUGGUAUUCAUUAUGUUAGUAACUACUGUGGCGGCCAAGCCUCGUCGAAUUCUUUUGGAUACGGAUGUUGAUCUUGAUGAUGUAUUUGCUCUUCUCUACCUUUUGAAGCUCAACAGAUCAGAGUUUCAAUUGGAGGGAUUGGAAUUUUGUGAUGUUUUGAGUCUUCAUACCAACAUCUGUAGGGAGUCACAAUCAAUGCAAAUGCUUGGACUAAUGUCGGACAUGCUGUGAAUCAAGUUUAUGACAUACUUUACAUGAUGGGGAGAGAUGACAUAGCAGUUGGAAUGGGAGGUGAGGGUGGAAUACUCCCAGACGGUACCAUUCUCCCAAAUGUGGGUGGAUAUCUUUCAAUUAUAGAACAAGGAAUGACAACGACAGGAGGCUGCAGAUACAGACAGGCCAUUCCAAUAGGCCAUAGAGGGAUCUUGGAUAUUGAUACUAUUUAUGGCAUCCGAAAAGCUUUCCUUCCACAGGGGAUAAGGAAAUAUACUCCCUUAGGACAACCAACUGCUCAACAAGUGUUGAUUGACAAAAUAUCUGCAGGUCCUAUAACUUUGAUUGUGAUAGGAGUGCAAACAAAUAUAGCUAUUUUUCUCAUGAACAAUCCACACUUGAAGAAAAAUGUACAACAUAUUUACAUAAUGGGCGGUGCUGUGAGGUCAACAGACCCAACUAGUUGUUGCCCCAAAAAUGCAUCCUUUUCUUGCAUUCCUGGGCAGUGUGGUGACCGUGGCAAUGUAUUCACAAAUUACGAAGCGAACCCUUAUGCAGAGUUCAAUAUAUUUGGUGACCCUUUUGCAGCAUACCAGGUGAUUCAUUCUGGUAUACCUGUUACCCUUGUUCCUCUUGAUGCAACAAACACAAUCCCCAUCAAUGAAGAAUUCUUUAAUGAAUUUGAAAAAAGUCAAGACACAUAUGAAGCACAAUAUUGUUUCAAGUCCUUGAAAAUGGCUAAAAUGGCUCGUGAUAAGCUUGACAACCAAUUCUAUACGAGUUAUUUUAUGUGGGACUCUUUCGCAUCUGGUGUAGCGGUCUCAAGCAUGAGAAACUCCAAUAAAAAAAAUAAAAGGGAAAACGAAUUUGCUCAUAUGGAGUACAUGAACAUAACUGUAAUUACUUCAAACAAACCUUAUGGGAUAUCUGAUGGCUCCAACCCAUUUUUUGAUGGCCUCAAAGUUCCUAAAUUCAAUCUAAAGAAAGGCGGGGUGCAUAGUGGUCAUGUUCAACAAGGGCUUAGAGAUAAAUUUUGUUUUGUGAAGAAUGGGAAAGGGAGAUGUCAGGACGGUUAUACAGCUGAGGUGGAUGGUCCUGACUCGGUGAAGGUACUUGUCGCCACUAAAGCAAAGCCUAACAGGGACGUUAGGAGUAAGCUUGACAAAGAAUAUUUCAAAAGCUUCUUGAAUGUGCUAAAGCAACCACAACAUGCCGGGAGGUUCAACUUCACUACACAAUUUCCUUACUACGAAGAAGUUACUUACAUGCCAGAUUUUCAAAACAAAACACUGGGUAAACCAGUUGUGUUUGACAUGGACAUGAGCGUAGGAGAUUUUCUUGCUCUAUUUUAUCUCCUUAAAGUUGAUGUUGAAGUGAUAAAUCUUAAGGCAAUCAUCGUAAGCCCAACUGGGUGGGCAAAUGCCGCAACAAUAGAUGUUAUCUAUGACUUAUUGCACAUGAUGGGUCGUGACGAUAUCCCAGUUGGUCUAGGUGAUUUUUUUCCAAUGAAUCAAUCAGAUCCAAUAUUCCCAACCGCUGGAAACUGCAAGUAUGUUAAAGCCAUUCCCCAUGGAAAUGGUGGGUUUUUGGACUCUGAUACUCUUUAUGGACUUGCUCGCGAUUUACCACGUAGUCCCAGAAGGUAUACACUUGAAAAUUCCAUGAAGUUUGAGACUUCUCAGAAUACUGAUCACCUUGAACUCAGACAACCACUGGCUAUGGAAAUUUGGGAGUCUAUAAUGCAAACACUGGAACCAGAAUCUAAAAUUACAGUAUUAACCAAUGGACCCUUAACUACUUUGGCAAAGGUUGUAUCAAUGAAAAACAUAAGCUCAAGAAUUGAGGAGGUUUAUGUAAUGGGGGGACACAUCAGCAGGAAUGUCUGUGACAAAGGAAAUAUAUUUUCUGUUCCUUCCAACCAAUAUGCAGAAUUUAAUAUGUUCCUGGAUCCUUUAGCAGCCAAGACAGUGUUUCAAUCAGAAGUUAACAUCACACUCAUUCCACUCAGUGUCCAACAGAAAGCAAGUUCAUUUUCACAUAUGUUAUGCUGGUUGCGUAGGAUAGAACAAACACCUGAAACUGUGUUUUCCAAGCGUGUGCUAUUAAGGCUACAACGUCUGAAGCAAAUCCACCACAGAUAUCACCAUAUGGACACAUUCUUAGGGGAAAUUCUAGGUGCCGUUGUCCUAGCUGACGGCCCUUCAUCUCUAAAAGAAAAAUUUGAGAUCAAGGGCAUUAAAGUGUUGGCCGAAGGAGAUGAGUCCAUCGAUGGAGAAAUGGUGGUGGAUGAGGAACAGGGGAAAUUGGUGAGAAUUUUAAGCCAUGUGAAUGCCAAGGCUUAUCAUGAAAAGUAUUCAAAGAGGCUCGGUGACUGGAACCAAUCGGCUAAGGUAGGAAGCUUUGAAGAUCAAAUAAGGAAAUGGAGUCAUCCACAUUCUUUAUUAUAAAAGCUAGAGAGCACUUGUUCAUGGUUCCCUGUUAAAAGUAGCAAAUCUUUUUUCUGAUUUUAUGUACGCUAUAGUUUUUUUGUUGUGUGGUUGAUAUUCUUCAAGCUUUAAUGCAGACUUUCAAGUUAAUAUAGGAAAAGAACAAAUAAAAGUAACUUAGGGUAUAAUAAAUACUUAAGAGCAAAAUACAACAGAUUAACCUAUA